UUAGAGAUAAAACCAAGAACCCUAGAGAAAAAAACUAAUUAGUAAAUGAUAAAAACGAAGAAAGUUUGAAGAUUGAGAAUGGUACAUUCGAGAAAGUUUCGAGGUGUUCGCCAACGGCAGUGGGGUUCUUGGGUCUCUGAGAUUCGCCAUCCUCUACUGAAGAGAAGAGUGUGGCUAGGAACAUUCGAAACAGCAGAAGCGGCUGCGAGGGCUUACGACCAAGCAGCUCUUCUAAUGAACGGCCAAAACGCAAAGACCAAUUUCCCGGUCGUUAAAUCAGAGCAGCAAGGCUCAGAUGAUCACGACGGUAACUCUCCGUUGAUGUCACCAAAGUCGUUAUCUGAGCUCUUGAACGCUAAGCUAAGGAAGAGCUGCAAAGACCUAACGCCAUCACUAACGUGUCUACGUCUCGACACAGACAGUUCCCACAUCGGAGUCUGGCAGAAACGGGCGGGGUCGAAAACGAGUCCCAACUGGGUCAUGCGUCUCGAACUUGGGAACGUCGUAGUCAACGAAAAUGCACAUGGCUUGGUGAUGAAGAAACAAGACGUGGAGAAAGAAGACGUAGAAGAAGAAGCUAAUGUUGAUGAGGAUCAGUUAGCUAUGGAAAUGAUCGAGGAGUUGCUGAAUUGGAGUUGACUUUUAACCUUAUCGGAUGGAAGUCUAAAGAAGAAUAAUGGUUGUUUUUUCACAAGCUUGAUUUUCGGAUUUUUUUUCUUAUAUUCUGUCCACAGUUUUAUAGUGUGAUUGCAAUGGAUCCAUCAAUCCAUUUAUACAUGUAAGAAAAUUGUUUUAAAAUACAUGUAAACUUGUAUUAUAUAUACACACACACGGGGUUGGUGUAUAUACAAA